GACCCAAAGCCAAAGCAAAGUGUGGAGGUGUGCUCAAGCUGUUCAACUCUCUCCGUUUUCGCUAAAAAGCGCUUUAAAAGUGUCAAGUAAUAAUGCUCAAAGUUUUACCGAAAAGAAAGAAAUAAUAAGGACGGUGUAAAGAAUAACCCAAUAUGGCUACAACUGAGAGUGCAGAGUCAGGCUCACCAGAAAACAAAGCAGAUCGGACUAAUGCUGAUGGAAAGCCCCCUCUCAAAGUGCUUUACUGUGGAGUAUGCUCCUUGCCGUCAGAGUACUGUGAGUACAUGCCCGAGCCAGCGAAAUGCAGACAGUGGCUCGAGAAAAAUUUCCCAGACAUGUUUGCCAGAAUGACUGUUGGGAACGUGCCUAAGCAGGAAACAGGUGGUAGUGUUGAAGGCAAUGUUAAAGCACCCCCUGCUGUAGAGGAAGAGGAAAAGAAGAAACAAAAAAGAGGUGGAAGAGGUCAAAUCAAACAGAAGAAGAAAACCGUUCCUCAAAAGGUCACGAUAGCAAAAAUUCCACGGGCAAAGAAGAAAUAUGUCACACGAGUGUGUGGUUUGGCCACCUUUGACAUCGAACUCAAAGAGGCGCAGAGAUUCUUUGCUCAGAAAUUCUCCUGCGGUGCAUCGGUGACAGCAGAGGACGAAAUUAUCAUUCAGGGAGACUUCACGGAUGAUAUCAUUGAUGUCAUCCAGGAGAAGUGGCCCGAGGUUGACGACGACAGCAUUGACGACCUCGGAGAAGUCAAAAAGUGAAAAUCCGACGUGCACUUUCACAGAAGCAGAUGCAACAUGACACAAGACUACAGCCAGAUGUACAAGUUAACAUUGAUUUGUUUGAUAUCUAUUUCAUUUACUGUAUGAAACAUGGUGGACAUGGAUACAUCCUUGCUAUUUUUUUCCACUUUCUUGUAGCUGCUGCUUUCUUUAGGUUGCCAAAAGUCUGAUAUGAUGUGAAUAUUUUAAUGACACUUCACUGAAGCGAACUGCAGACUAAUAAAUUCUGGGCUUAUGGCUUGUU